UGCCCUGGACAUGUGGGAGGCGAUGUUCUCUGUGCCUCAGACCCUGCACAACGUUUUGAGGGAGCUGCACAUCCAGCUCCAGGACCGGCGCUACAGGGUCUUAUCCACACCCUUGGAGGACAUCUCCAUCCUUCGCCUGGCUCUGCUGGCCAGCAGUGAUCUGGAAGAGGAGGAGUUUGCUCCAAUGUACCUAGCCGGGAGGUUUCUGAGGCAACGAAGGCCGGCGAUGCUCUCCUUGGUGCUCAGCGGCAUCAUGACGCUGUCGGAGAAAGAAGAGAUGGCAAGAAAAAUGCUGGUCCUGCUGCCAGACCUGAGGAGGGUCCUGUUCUUUGGCUAUAAGGCUGUGACGAUGAAGGCUCUGGUGGUCUUCAGACACCUGAUGGCUCAGCUGGAGAGGGAGAAGGCCAGCCCCAUCGCUGUGCAGCUGGCAGAAUUUGUCCUGCCCUUCUUCGAUGACGAGCUGAGCCAGAUGAGAGAGAGCUCCAUCAGCCUCUUCAGAGACCUGAUGAAGAUGGUGGUGGAGAACCACAAGAGACAGAUGAAGAGCAUUGCACAAGCGAGCCUGCUCCCACUCUUCUUCCACAUGAGUGACCAAGUGCGGAGCGUGGCCAAGGUACAGACUGCAAAGCUAAGCAGUGUUGCACGGAAGAGACGCCCAGGCAUUUGGGCCAGGGCAUGUCCCAGGUCCCUAAUGGCAGAAUCACCCCAGGAACAAAGCCCAGAGGAGGGGGAUGCCAGGUGUCCUUCCCCAGACCGUGGUGCCACCUCCCAGCUUCUGCUGUUCUGCAGGCCGCCCAGGAAGCCCUCAUUGCCGCAGCAGAGCUGCUCGAGAGGAAACAGCUCCAACACCUGGCACAGACACAGCAGACGUGGCGGACUGGAGAGUAUUUGCCCUCCAGCCCCUGGAGACGGACAGCGAACCCUCCCUCUGCUGCCUAGCAGCUCAGACCAUUGCGAUCCUGAGCUCUUCGAGGAAGCAGCCAAGAUCACGAUGGAGCUUGCGAGCCCUGUGCUGCUGGCGCAGCUAAACCAGGCAGAGGAGCAGCUCUUCUUGGGGAAAACAGCUCGAUUUUAA